GCCUCCCGGAGUAGAGGGACGGGCGCGACGUUUCCGGGAGCCCGGCAGCCGCGGGCACCUCUCAGGGAGUUUCAGACGUCGACCCGGAGGCCCCCUCCCCGCGAGCCGAGAUGCCCGUCCAGCCUCCGAGCAAAGACACAGAAGAGAUGGAAGCAGAGGGUGAUUCGGCUGCUGAGAUGAACGGGGAGGAGGAAGAGAGCGAGGAGGAGCGGAGCGGCAGCCAGACGGAGUCCGAGGAGGAGAGCUCAGAGAUGGACGAUGAGGACUACGAGCGGCGUCGCAGCGAGUGCGUCAACGAGAUGCUGGACCUGGAGAAGCAGUUCUCGGAGCUAAAGGAGAAGUUGUUCAGGGAACGGCUGAGUCAGCUGAGGGUGCGGCUGGAGGAAGUGGGGGCUGAGCGGGCACCUGAGUACACAGAGCCUCUGGGGGGCCUGCAGCGGAGCCUCAAGAUCCGCAUUCAGGUGGCAGGGAUCUACAAGGGCUUCUGUCUGGACGUGAUCCGGAACAAGUACGAGUGUGAGCUGCAGGGAGCCAGACAGCACCUGGAGAGUGAGAAGCUGCUGCUGUACGACACCCUGCAGGGGGAGCUGCAGGAGCGGAUCCAGAGACUGGAAGAGGACCGCCAGAGCCUGGACAUCAGCUCCGAGUGGUGGGAUGACAGACUGCACGCCCGAAGCAGCACAAAGACCUGGGACUCCCUGCCGGCCAGCAAGAGGAAGAAGGCUCCUCUCGUCUCUGGUCCUUACAUUGUGUACAUGCUGCAGGAGAUCGACAUCCUGGAGGACUGGACGGCUAUCAAAAAGGCUAGAGCAGCUGUGUCCCCUCAGAAGAGAAAAGCAGAUGGACCGUGACCCUGCCGUUCAGAGCCAGGGGGCGCCUCGGAGCAGCUGGCCGCAAAGCCAGGAUCCACAUUUUCCUGCUGUGAGAAGGCAGGCUGACAGGGUCUGUCCAGCCAGCUCCCCGGUACUGCUAGUGGAUCUUCCCCUCCAGCCAUCACUGGUCCGGACUCCUCUGCCCUCCUCGGGGGGCCUGCACAGCUGUGGCCCAGAGCUGCCCUAGCCAGGCAAGACUGUCUCCUCCGUCCCCAGCGAGUGCACCGGCGCCGCCUCCCAGAGGGCAGCCUCCUCAGUGCUGUCCCAGACAGAGAAGGUGGGACUCCUCUUACACCAAAGCAGCAUCCUUCCUGCUGACCUUGGACCAGUCACUGAGCCAGUGAGCUGGGCCCCAUUUCAUGGGAACUCUGAGCCAGACAUCAUAUUUUGGGGGGGCCUGUCUUUUCUGGCUGCUGUUGGAGGUGAAAAGGCAGGUUCCCCAGGUCUUCUCCAGGAGGUUCUUGGUGUCUCCCAGAUUUCAGGGACUGGAAUUAAAACCUUUCCUGGGACCUCGG